CUCUACUCUGGGAAGUGGAAAAGGAAAAUGAUAAACUGAAAUCUAUGAAAAAUGCUGGAGAAAAACAAAUAUGUGCCGCGUGUAAAUCAAAUAGACGCCAUUUAUCUAAAUAAGGAUAUAACCCGGCUAAUUCGAGACAAUUUACUGGACAACCUUCAGGCCAUAUCACCAGUGCUGUUCGUUAAGAUUCAACCUGAAUUAGAUUUAAUUAUUCAAUCUGCUAUUUGGUUUGGUUCAGUGGGAAAACGCUGCUCAAGCUUUGGCCAACAAUUGCUGGUAUUGGCUUACGAUGCCGAAAAGUUGACAGUUUCUAGGCUGGUGCUGCACUUUGCCCUCACUGUGCUGCCGGGCUAUAUAAAGAGCUGGGAGGAGAGGCGUCUGUCACAUCGUGUGGAAUGGUUUAGCCAAAUAAUAAGAUGGGCCGAGAAUAGCGCCUUGGUCUUAAACAUUCUCAACUAUUUUCGCUUUUUGAAGACUGGUCGAAAACCGACGUUAGUUGACUAUUUACUUGGCCUAGACUAUAUUAGUUUAAGAAAUAAUCAACGCAGGGAUAUAGGUUAUAAGUACCUAACACGUGAGCUGCUCUGGGGAGGAUUUAUGGAAAUUCUUGGUUUGGUUUUGCCUAUCAUAAACUUUCGAAAAAUCCAUCGUUUACUUAAGACUUGGGUGUUUGGCCAAACAGCGAGUGGUCGCCGAUCAAGUCAUGUAUUCCUGGCACCCAAAAUGACAAUGGGUACCACUUGUACCUAUUGCGGGGAACGGCCCACGUUGCCCCAUCACAUGGGAUGUGGUCACAUAUAUUGCUAUUAUUGCCUAAGUGCAAAUAUAUUAACCGAUUCCAAUUUUUCUUGUACCAAAUGUGGAGCUUCCUGUACGGAGGAUAAAGUCCAAAGUGUUUAACUAUUUGUUAUAGGUAUGCAUGUGAGUUACGUUUUUAAAGGAUUUUUAUUCUAAUAAGACUUUUGUAAAAAUGAAAAUAUACACAAACAUUUUAUAA